AUGGGCUUCCGCGACUUCAUCACCGGCGUUAUCGAAGACAAACUCGAGGGCGGCUCCUCGCAAGCGCAAGCCCACCCCCAACCUGAGAGCUCCGGGUACGGCCCCAGCUACGGCUCGGGCUCCGGCUACGCAGCGCCCUCGGGCCCUCCAUCAGCACCCCAGGCUCCCUACCCCUGGGUACCACGAUGGGACGAACGCAGUCAGCGCUACUACUAUCUAAAUGAACAGACCGGGGAGACAACCUGGGAGAUUCCUGCUGCCGCUUCGUCGUAUGGCGGCGGUGGUUACGGAGGUGGUUAUGGCCCUCCACCGCAGCAGCAGGGCUAUUAUGGCGCUUCUGCUCCUCAGCAGGGUUACUAUGGGGAGCGGCAGUAUGAGGAGCAGCAGGAGCAGCAGCAGCAGCAGCAGAGUGCAGGCCAUGGAGGAGCAAUUGCUGGUGCGGCGGCUGGUGCAGCUGUGGGUGUGAUUGGUGGUGCGAUUGCGAUGCACGAGGCUGAGGAGUUAGGUGACGACAUUCGACAUGAGGAAGACAAGUUUGAGCAGGGGGUAGAGGACUUUCCUACGGAUGCGGCGCGGUGGGCUGGAGAAGCGGUCGGCGAAGUCGAGCAGAUCCCCGAUAAGGUCGAAAAUAAAGUGGACAAUGCCGUCCAGGACGUUGAGGACUUCCCCGAGAACGCCGCUGAAUGGACGGGCGAAAAGGUCGGCGAGAUUGAGCAGUUUGGGGAUAACAUCGAGAACGAUUUUGACAAUGCCGUUGAUAAUGUUGAAGAGUUUGGGGACAAUAUGGAGAAUGCGUAUGAUGAGGGAAAGGAGGAGGCGUACGAGGAUGAUUACUGA